AUGUCUGAGAAGAUAGAGCUCUCUCAAGAGCCCGCCAUCCCAACUGAUACCAUUGCUAGACUAUUCCAUACAUGCUCAUUUACGCAAGAUAGCACUAAGAUCACCGAGGAUGCCGUUACUCUUGUUGAAAGAUACAUGAAGCUAUUUAUACGCGAAGCCGUGCUACGAUCAUUGGAAAACAAGGAGAAAGUUAAACAAGAAACGAGGGCGGAUUCUUUUGCGGAAGGACCGGUUCUGCAACACACCGAUCUAGAAGAGAUCUCGGGGGUACUGAUCCUCGACUUUUAG